AUGACGCCAACAAUCGUGAUACAAACAACAAAUAAACCUUUAGAUGAUGAUGAUACACGUUCAAAAUAUAAAUUAUAUGGAUGGAGAAAUGUUCGAAUUGGUGGUAUAUUAAGUCGACCUUUAUUUGCUUAUAUUAUUUUAUGUACUUGUAAUUUUGUGCAAAAUUUUUCUGUUAAUGGCGCAAAUAAUGCAGUUAUAUUAACACUGGAGCGUGUAUUUUAUUUAAAUAGUGUACAAUCUGGUCUUUUUUUGGCAUUAUACGAUUUAGCGACAGUAUUUUCAUCACCAUUAGUUGGUUAUUUAGGUAGUCGAUAUUCAUCACCAAUAUUUUUUUCAUUAAAUAUGAUUAUUGUUGGUAUUGGAAAUAUAUUAAUUGCUUCGAGUAAUUUUAUUCAUCACGAUACAAGACUAAAUAUUAAUUCUGAAUUAGCAGAGUAUUUAUCAACAGAUGAUGAUAUUCUUUUUGAAUGUUAUAAAGAUCCAUUUAAUGAACAAAAUAUAACAAAUCUAUUAUGUUCAAAUCAAGGACAUUCUUCAAGUAUAUCGGAAAAUGCUAAAUUUCUUUUAUAUAUCGGUAAUUUUGUUAAUGGUAUUGGAAGUGUAGCUUUAUUUACAAUUGGUAUUGCUUAUAUUGAACGAAUAUUUCCACGUGAAAAAGCAGCUUAUUGUCAAGGAAUUUAUUUUGCUGUCGGUACUGUUGGUAGUGCUCUUGGUAUAGUAACUACAGGUCGAUUUUUAUUAAUGUAUACAAAACUUACACCUAAAAGACGACUUCCGUCUUGGUUAACACCUAAUCAUCCACUUUGGAUUGGAUGUUGGUGGUUACCUUAUUUUAUUUAUGGUGGACUAUGUUUUGUUAUUGGAUUGUUUGUAUCUGGUUUGCCCAAUUAUGAAAAACCUGGUAAAAAACAUUCGAUUGACGCAUCUAAUACAACUCUGGCGGUUCAAGUUGAUUCUAAUUCUUCAAAUCCUCGAUUUGUUCGAGAAGAUAGUGCAACUAGUAUUUCAAUGCUUAGUUCAUGUCCACAAACACCUGCCUUAUAUAAUAAUUCAUCUGAAUUAAAUUCUGAUUCAAAAAGUCAAUUUGAAAAUUCUCUUCCAUCAUUGAAACCUCUUGUUGACGAGUAUCGUUUAUCAAAUCGAAGAUUACGUCAAUUGAGUCCACUCGAACAAAACUCAACAAAGAAUUCAUUAUUAACCAUAAAAAAUACUGCUGAGAGUUUUAUUAACCAUGCAUAUUCAACAGAAUCGAUUUAUAAUCAAACACCAGAUACUGAUUCAAUACCGGUGCCAUUAACCACAACUGAUUCGAUAUCAUCAGUACCAUCCUCAACAACAACUGUCUCAUCAGCUUCUCAAAUACCAAAACGAACAAUAUCUCAAAAUCUUAAACAUAUGUGUUCUGUCAUUGGUCAAUUGAUGAAAAACACACGAUAUAUUUGUAUUAUUAUUGCAAACUUAUUUGAAGGCAUUUUAAUCAAAGGAUUUGUACCAUUUAUUACAAAAUAUUUUGAAUAUCAACAUCAAUUAGAUACAUCUACAGCUACAUUAGUAACUGGUGCCAUUGCACUACUUUCUGUUAUUAUUGGUUGUCCACUUGGUGCCUGGUGUUUAAAUAAAUUUUCUUGGACACCUAUGCGAUGUGCACGUGUCUGUGGUAUAGUAUUUACCAUAUCAUCGUUUCUAUUUUUAUUUCUUACAUUCUCAUGUCCUGAACUUAAAUUUGAAUAUUCGUCUUGCACAACAAUUAAUACAGCUUGUUGUCAAAAUGUAUAUCAUCCAGGUAAUUCUCGUAGAAUGUUUUUAUCACCAUGUCACUAUGGUUGUACCAAUCAAACAACAUUUUCAAGUAACACUACUAGUUAUUAUUCAUCAUGUAAUUGUGCCACUGAUUCAGCAGUAAGAUUAACUGAAGCAGCUUGUCGAUUUCGACGAAUACCUUGUACUAUGAUCUUUGCUUUGACAAUGACAGGUGCUACACUUGUUGUUUUCUUUACAGCAUUUAUUCAAGUUCCAUUAUUACAAGUGCUUCUGUAUAGUGUACCACUUCCAUAUCAAAGUAUGGCACUUGGUCUUCGUCAAACAGUUGUUCGAGUUUUAGGUCAAACUACGGGUCCAUUAUUAUUUGGAUUUGUUUUUGAUCAAUCAUGUAUAGUAUGGCUUAAAGAUUGUUAUGAGCGACAAACAUGUAAAGUAUAUGACAACCGUCGGAUGGGUAUAUCAAUGGCUUUGUCAGGUUUUUCAACACGAAUAAUAUCGGGUAUUGCUUGUAUUAUUGUUUUUAUCCAUUGGAAAUCCAAAGGUUCCAAUGAAGUUAUGAUUUCUACAAAUUCAGUAACAAUCCCUACAAAUAACUCAAUAGAUAAAAAUGAAAAUGGUGAAAUAACGAAAUUGUAA